AUGGAUUAGAGAUAAGAAAAUUAUAAAGAAGUUAUAAUAGAUUGGAUGUAAGCAAAUUUAAAGUAUCUCUAGUUAUAACUUGAAAUACAUUCUAAGUGUAUAUUUGAAUAAUAAGAACGUUCCUUAGGGUCACCCAAUAUAUAUAUUAGGACAUCGAAUUGACAUUGACGAUUAUGAUAUCGAAGUAAACUUUAUUAUAAUACUAGGAUCGUAUUAACAAAAUUAAACAGUUAGUCUAAGAAACUAUUUGGAUUACAUAUAGAAGAAACUAUCCGCCUUUAUAUUGUAAUUUGAGUGAUUAUUUUAAGAAUCUAACUACAUAUCAGAUACUGGAUGGGGAUGCAUGCUUAGAGUUGGAUAAAUGGCCAUGGCUUAAAUGCUGAAGAAACAUCUUAAAAAUCAUGGAGAUAAAAGAGAUGAGGAUUAUGAUAACAUUUUAUUGGCCUUUGCUGAUAAUGAUUCACAGGAAAAUAAGGAAUUUAUUGAAUUCUAAAACAGUCAGGAUAAAUAAAAAGGCCACAAUUUUAUUUGUCCAUUUAGCAUUUAAAAAAUAGCUUAUUUGGCGAAAAAAGAAUUCAACCUGGAUCCAGGAGAGUGGUAUAGACCUAAUUACAUUCUAUUUCUCCUUGAACUACUACAUAAUAAUAUACCUAUUAGAGGUUAAUUUUAUAAUUAUUGAAUUUAGCAUCUGAAAAUCUCAAAUUGUCAGUUUUUAAUGAUUCUUGUCUAUUUCUUGAUCAAUUGAUGAAUAGAAUGUUUGAAGCAAAAUUUGAAACUGAUAAAGAUCUAGAGGAGCAAUUAGAAAAGACUUAGCUCAUUGGCAAAAACAGCUUAGCUAUAUUUGUCUUAACUAGAAUUGGUUUGGAUGAACCGAAUUAAAAGUAUUUGAAAAUUCUAGAUGAAAUAAUGGAACUACCAUAUUUCUAAGGUAUUGUUGGGGGCACACCGAAACGAGCAUUCUUUAUACUUGGAAAAAUCAAUGAUCAUUACCUCUAUUUAGAUCCACAUUAUGUAUAAGAAGCUGAAAACAAGGAUCAAAUUAUUGAAAAUAAGAUGUUCAAUCGAACUUCUUAUAGUUGUAAGAACAUUCACUUGUUAAACCAAAAAAAUGUGGAUACAUCCAUGGGUCUAUCGUUUUACAUUCGCAAUUAAAGUGAAUUACUACAAUUUUGGAGAAGUGUAAAUUUUGUUAAUUAAUAUUUAGAUGAAACAAAUAAAACAAUCUUCAGAUGAUUUCUUUAUUUUCCUAUCAGAUUCUGCCCCUGAAUAUGUAGAUUAUAGUAGUUAAUUGGAGGAAAGCAGCAAUAGGCUUAAUGAUGAUGACGUUGUAAUUUUAUAAUGA